AUGCAUUCGGAGCCCGAGUUCGAGUUCCCCAACGGCCCCUCCACUGAACCAACGUCCGUCGAAUACGAUCCAGCUUCAUUGAUGGCGCUUCAUUCCGGUCCCGAUGCUAGAACUCUCCCUCACCAUUCUCCCAGACAUGCCUCGUUUCCCAACCAGUGGCUACCUGACCAAUCAACGUCGCCGGGGCCCCAAUCUCUCGACUACUCUAACUACUUCAACGCCCGAUACUUGCGCGAGCAGGACCCUUGGAGUAUGCUCAGAGCAAGUGGUACACCUGUCAAUGUCACUUUCUCCACCCGCGCAGGCCCAGUUCAACGAAUGGGCGGCUUUCCGACUAAGAGUUCCACUGGACAUUAUAGCGCACCCUCUGAAUCUGAAAGCCACGGAGUACAUUCCUCAGACUCUGGAUAUAGUACGCAGCGGUCAAUCACUGCCUCGUAUACCGUAGACGCCACUUGCAGUCCUCAUCUCGAAACACAGAAAUACCAACAAGAUGAGAAUAUGGUGCCGUUGGACGUUGGUUCAACGGGCCAUGGCGAGGCUAUGGAUCUUACGGAACGGCCCGAGACACCGUCCAUACUUUGCCACGAGACGAUCAAAUGCGAUUAUCCGGGCUGCCCGUGGACUGGCAAGUGCCCAUCCGAUAAAAGAAAGCAUGAAGCUCGACAUAAGAAGCUGUUCAAGUGCGACGAACCAAAGUGUACGCGGAAAGAAGGGUUUGGUACCAUCAAUGACCUUGCUCGGCAUAAGAAAUGCGUACAUAAGAAGGACCCGGAGCGCGGACCGAAAGUACUAUACAUGUGCUUUGGGCAAAAUUGUCCACGAAGCAAUAAGAAAUGGCCUCGCCUCGAUAAUUUCCGUCAACACCUCGCACGAAUGCACAAUAACGAGGAUAUCAAUGAGUUGCUGAGAAGGUCGCACGAAUGGUAUGAGAACUGUGUAAAGCCACAAGAUAUGGUAUCCGUUUUUGCCGACAACCUGUCAGAGGAUGCAACACCAACGCACUCCCAGCAGACAAACGAGCCGGAAAUAAUAACGCAGGACGCUGACCUCGAGUUUCAAAACCCAAUUGCCCCGGCACAAACCGCUUUCCAGCCCUCCAACAUGCUAACGCUAGAUUCGAUCAAGAGAUUUGAUGAAGAGAUGCGAGAUGUACAAGGGGAGGGCGACCCCUCGCAGACGAUCAAACAACGGCACGAUAAAAUGGACGAUAUGAUAUCUGAAGCUGCGGUGAGCGUGAUCAACGCCAUGACAAAAAUGAUCAAUAAUCAUCAGCGAAGGCGAGGCCAUGUAGGCGAGGAGGACAUCGGUGAGCAAGAGGACGAGUUAUCAGAUCGCAACCGGGAAAUUUUGCAGAAAAUCCUGGUCACUGCAUCGGUGCUCCUCUCAGAGGAUUCGGGGGGUUCGGGACCUGACAGCAGUGCACUCCAGAAGAGUACCAGCACUGCCUCAAACAAGGAGGGUUGGAUUCAAUGUGAGUGUUUCCCGCAAGAAACGCGCUUGCGCUGUGAAAUGAAGAAGCAUUUGGAACGGCACGAACGACCGUAUGGCUGCACAUUCCUCAAGUGUGACAAGUCAUUCAGUAGCAAGGAGGACGCCAACGCCAAAUAUCUGAGUCAACAGCAUCAGGCCGACAGUGAGGAAGUGCAAACCCUAGUAUGCAAGAAUCGAUUGGGAGGAAGUGCCUCAAUUCUGGCGCGGUUUCCGCUGAAGGGUCAUCUGUUUUCCAAGGUGGCGCCCUGCAGCGUGGGCAAACGCGUUGACGAUUGGUCCCUUCCCCCAGCCCAUAGGGCCAAAGUCCUGGUGGAUGAUGAUGCGCAUGUCACAAAAGGGAGGUUUGGUGGUGACGACGAGUCUGUUGGGAGUGGUCACUGUGAUGCCGACUCCGCCUGUAGCGGCUAUUCGGAGCACGGAAACCCUCAUGGUGGUGCCAAUAGUGUAGACCAGGAGCUGCCACUAUUAACCGCUGCAAUUCGUGAAAUGGCCUACAGGGUAUACGCCUUUCCGGUCUUAUUUGGCGAAUCAUCGAAAGCGGAAACCCAUAACGCUGUUUUGGCGUUGAGCCUGCCACCGUAUAUAGGUAGAGAAGCGAACACAGUUUCUGACUUCAGAAUACCCUUUACAGCAUCAUUGGAAAACAUACAAGGCGGAUAA